AUUAAGAAGUCAAAAUAUCCUCGCAAUUUUUUUUUUUAUUCCAGAAAUAUCCCAAACUCUACGCUGGGCCACAUAUUUUCCGUCAACUAACCGAAGAUUUUACGUUACGUUUUCGUGGUUAUCAGAUUCGAAUCAACUAAUUAAGCAUUCAGAUUCCAAUAAAGCCAGCUAUCCCCAUUCCACUGCACCUCACGCUCUUCUACAACGCAAAAUCUUCAUAUCAUCUUAACCGUUCAUUCUCAAACAGACGUCCUGAUGCUGAAACAAAUAAAUAAACCGCGAAGCACCACAUUACCCUAAAAACGUACUACUUAUCGUUAUCCCCCAUUUGUUUUAUACGCUUUACCAUUGCUCUUCACAAUUUCCCCUUCCUUUCCACCUACUCCGGCAGCGAUGGCCGGACAGACGUGUUCGUCGCCGGCGUUAGCCGCACUUCUCGCCGGCGGAGCUGUAACGGGGAACGCAUCUGCCGCAGCUGAGUACAUCUGCUCGCAGCUGCAGACGGCAGCCCUUAUGAGCGCCGACAUCACAACGGCGGUGGAUACCACCUACCUCCUCUUCUCCGCCUACAUGGUCUUCGCCAUGCAACUCGGCUUCGCGAUGCUCUGCGCCGGCUCCGUCCGCGCUAAAAACACCAUGAACAUCAUGCUCACCAACGUCCUCGACGCCACCGCCGGCGGCCUCUUCUACUACCUCUUCGGCUUCGCCUUCGCCUUCGGAUCUCCUUCCAACGGCUUCAUCGGCAAACACUUCUUCUCCUUAAAGUCCAUCCCAUCUCCCGGUUUCGAUUACUCCUACUUCCUCUUCCAGUGGGCUUUCGCGAUCGCCGCCGCCGGAAUCACGUCUGGCUCCAUUGCAGAGCGCACCCAAUUCGUCGCCUAUCUAGUCUACUCCUCUUUCCUCACCGGAUUCGUCUACCCUGUAGUCUCCCACUGGUUCUGGUCAUCCGACGGCUGGGGAUCAGCCAAUCGAAAUCCAGGAGAUUCCCUCCUCUUCGGCUCCGGCGUAAUGGAUUUCGCCGGCUCCGGCGUCGUCCACAUGGUCGGCGGCAUUGCCGGCUUUUGGGGCGCUUUCAUCGAAGGCCCUCGCAUUGGUCGAUUCGACCACAACCAUCGCCCCGUCGCCAUUCGCGGUCACAGCGCCACUCUCGUCGUCCUCGGCUCUUUCAUGCUGUGGUUCGGUUGGUACGGUUUCAACCCCGGCUCCUUCAUCACGAUCGUCAAAUCUUACGGUCCAAUCGGUUCCCCGAUCGACGGACAAUGGUCCGCCGUCGGCCGCGCAGCAGUCUCCACAACUCUCGCCGGCUGCUCCGCCGCCCUCACAACUCUGUUCGCAAAACGGUUCCAUACAGGGCACUGGAACGUGUUCGAUGUCUGCAACGGGUUGCUCGGCGGGUUCGCCGCAAUAACCGCCGGCUGCGCGGUGGUUGAACCAUGGGCGGCGAUAAUCUGCGGCUUCGUGGCAGCUUGGGUGCUCCUCGGAUGCAAUUUACUGGCUGAGAGAUUCCACUACGACGAUCCAUUGGAAGCGGCGCAGCUUCACGGCGGUUGCGGAGCAUGGGGCGUGCUAUUCGCGGCGUUGUUCGCGAAGGAGGAGUUCGUGAAUGAGGCGUACCCGGGGAGCCCGGGGAGGCCGGGGAGGCCGUAUGGGCUUUUUAUGGGGGGCGGAGGGAGGCUGUUGGCGGCCCAUGCGGUACAGAUAGUGGUGAUUUGCGGGUGGGUGAGCGCGACAAUGGGGCUGCUGUUUUACGCUCUGCGGAAGAUGGAUCUGCUUAGGAUAUCGGCGGAUGAUGAGUUGGCCGGCCUUGAUAUCACGCGCCACGGCGGCUCCGCCUACGUGUACGACGAGAAUCCCGGCGGCGACGGCGAGAAGAACGCUGGGUUUAUGAUGAAGGGGCCCAAAGGAAUGAAUCAUGAUGUGUAGCGAGGGAUAAUAAUAUUUUUAAUUUCUCUUAUUUUAAUGCGCUGAUAUUAUAAAUUUAUGUGUUGAUUGGGCCGGGCCAUAUGAGGUGGAGCCAGACGACUCGGACCCGAACUUGGCUCCACAAGUGGCUUGUGAGUUGUGAGUAUUAUGUCCGGGCGUUCGGACACCUGUUUCAUGAGAGUAGCUGAGCUAAUGAACUGAGCUCAAGUCAGUUUGACUCAUUUAUGU